CGACGCAAGUUUAUACCAAAAACAAAAGGAAUUGAGGAACUUAUUCAAGAACAACAACAAAUAAAUCAUGGUCCUGUAAUAAAUGCAAAAUUGCCUAUCUUUUAAUGAUGUUAAAAUUAAUGCGGAACUUCGUAAUACUUUAAAUUCAAUUAAUUAUUUUGAGCCUACUGAUGUGCAGAAGUGUGUUAUUCCUCUCAUUCAAAACACUACAAAUGACAUUCUUUGCCUUGCCGCAACUGGUAGUGGAAAAUCUGGAUCUUUUUUGAUUCCUAUUAUUAAUCGGUUGCAAAAAGAUAAACUUAGUUCUGGAUUUUGUCGUUCUGACACUUUAAACAAUUCUUCUCCUGUAGCUAUAAUCGUUGCUCACACUAAGGAAUUGGUUGAACAACUCUACAAAUUUGCUAAAACAUUGGCUUAUGGUACUCAAGUUGGUGUUGCAUAUGCAAGGGGUCAAAUGCCUUUUGAAGAAGGUAGAAAGCAAUUAGCAAAUGGGUGUGAUAUUCUUGUUAUUACGCCUGGACGUUUACAGCAUUAUUUAAAUGACGGGUGGAUUUUUGUGGAUGGGACUCAGUUUGUCGUUAUAGAUGAAGCUGACAAGUUUAUUGUGGAAGAGAGCUUUUCUUCAUUACUUCAUGAAUUAUUUAAUCGAAUGCGCAAACAAAAUAAUUUUCUUUUCCGAACUUUUAUGUUCAGUGCAACCAUUACAGACGUUGCAGAUUAUGUUAUUAAUGAUUUUCUAAAGAAGGAUUGUUAUAAAGUAAUUGUUGGUAAACCUAAUCAAGCUGUUUCUCAUGUUCAUCAAAGAGUUUUGAAAGUAGAUCUUGAUAAAUAUGGAUAUGCGGCAAAGUUUGAAAUGGCCAGAAUUAUUUUACGAAAAAUAUCAACUUAUGAAGAACCAAAAAAUGGAGAACAUUUUUGUUACAAUACUCAACGUACAUUAAUUUUUCUUAAUGAUGCUCGUUCUUGUGAGCGUUUAGCAAUUAAACUUAGUGAUCACGGUUACCGUGCAAUGAGUACUAGUAGUCACCGUGAAAUGGAGCAACGUUACAGAGCAGUAAAUGAUUUUAAAGAAGGAAAAUGGCAUAUUCUUAUUGGGACUGAUAUUAUUGCUAGAGGAAUGAAUUUUCCAAAAGUUAAAAAUAUUAUAAUUUACGAAUUACCGCCUAUUCAUCGUUAUCAAGAAUAUGUACAUAGAGUUGGGCGUACUGGCCGCAUAGGAACAGAAGAUGGAUGUGCUUAUAUAUUUUUUGAUCCAAGAUCUCGAAAUGAUGAAAUGCAGGCAGAAUUUUUAAUUGAGCAACUUGAAAAUUCCAAACAACAAGUCCCGGAAUUUUUGAGAGAAUUACAAAAAAGUAUAUCAGAUGCUCGAAGUAGAUAUACAAAUGAAUGUUCUUCUACAAAUCAAAAUUCAAUUGAAGAACAAUUAGAAGAUAAAGCAGAGUUGGAAAUUGAAAAUAUUACGGAUAAAUUUGCAAAUAGUCAUUGGUCUCGUUAA